AUCCUCAGACCGGCCCGCUCCAUGGACAUACUAAAGUGUUAUUUUUACUCUAUGGACAUACAGUAUACACGUAAUAAUGUCUAUGCCCAGCUCCCGUUGUUUAAGAUCACGUGAUCACUAUGAAUAUCCGGUUUCUUGGUACAUGCGCAUUGAUUAAUCGUUACUGAAUGUCAGUGUUCGAGAGAAAAAAAACUGGACUUUUGCAGGUUAUGCAAAUAAUGACAGUUUUAUUUUAGAUUGUGAAUUGUGCACGCAGCAUGCUUCGUGUUACGCCAAUUAUUAAACAGAGGGUACCGCUGUCCUUGUUAGAAAUAUCUGUUAAAAGUUGUUUCCCAUUGACAUCGGUAAGUCCUCAAUGUCAAGUAACACAUGGCUUCCAAAAACCGAAAGUAGAUCGGAAAUAUUGCACUCGUAGCGAUAGUAAAAUACCAACUGGCCCAAGUUUACAAGAUUUUAUUAAUGGCAAUGCUGCUAUAAAUAACAUAAAAAUAAAUGAUUGUUUGCAAGAUGACGACUACACCAAUAAUCAUCAACAGAUACAAAGUGACGUAGAUAUAAAGUAUUUUGAUGGAAGAGGAAGAAAAGUUUAUAUUGAAACUUAUGGAUGCCAAAUGAAUGUCAAUGACACUGAAAUAGCCCUGUCUGUUCUUUUAAACAAUAAUUUUAAAAGAGCAGAAUCAAUAGGUGAAGCGGAUGUUAUAUUGGUUAUGACUUGUGCAAUUAGAGAGGGGGCUGAAACAAAAAUCUGGAAACGUUUAGAAUAUUAUAAACAAUUUAAACUGAAUAGACAGAAAAUGAAAGGAAAACCACCCUUAAAAAUCGGUGUUUUAGGUUGUAUGGCAGAACGCUUGAAGACAAAAAUUUUGGAAAAAGAGAAAAUGGUGGACUUGCUUUGUGGGCCUGAUGCUUAUAGAGAUCUACCAAGACUUUUAACAGUAACAACAGAAUCAAACCAAUCCGCUGCCAAUGUACUUUUAUCCCUGGAAGAAACAUAUGCAGAUAUUUCCCCAGUGCGCCUAAAUACUGACUCGAACUCCGCUUUUGUUUCCAUUAUGAGAGGAUGUGACAAUAUGUGUACAUAUUGUAUAGUGCCAUUUACGAGAGGUAGAGAGCGCAGUCGCCCUUUAUCGUCUAUUAGAGAUGAAGUUAAAGCUUUAGCUGAACAAGGCGUGAAGGAAGUGACGUUAUUAGGUCAAAAUGUCAAUAGCUAUAGAGAUGUGUCUGCAAUAAACUAUAAUGCAGGGGGUAGAACUAAUUUAAGUGUCGGCUUUGAUACAGUAUACAAAUCAAAACACGGAGGGUUGCGAUUUGCUGAUCUUUUAGAUAAAGUGUCUAGUGACAAUCCUGAAAUGCGAAUAAGGUUCACGUCGCCCCAUCCAAAAGAUUUUCCCGAUGAAGUAUUGUAUUUAAUUCGAGAUAGACCAAACAUUUGUCGUCAAAUUCAUUUGCCGGCACAAAGUGGUAACAGUGGAAUAUUAGAAAAAAUGAGGCGUGGUUACACUAGGGAGGCUUAUCUUGAAUUAGUUUCACAUAUUAGAGAUAUUAUUCCUGAUGUGUCUUUAUCAAGUGAUUUUAUAGCUGGGUUUUGUGGUGAAACAGAAGAAGCCCAUAAAGAUACUUUGUCUCUUAUGGAAAUUGUUCAAUACCGGUUCUGCUACUGUUUUCCAUACAGUAUGAGAGAGAAAACGCGAGCUUUUCAUAGACUGAUGGAUGAUGUCCCAAAAGAAGUGAAAAUACAGAGAACAAAUGAAUUGGUUAAAACUUUUAGAAAUAUACUUUUAAAGCUUCACAAAGCUUCUAUUGGGGAAGAACAUUUAGUGUUAGUAGAAGGCUUUAGCAAACGAUCAACCGAAUACCUAGCUGGUAGAAGUGAUGGAAAUACUAAAGUUAUUUUUCCAAAUAUAAAGCUUCCAAGCUAUGGUGAACUAAAACCAAUUCUACCUGGAGAUUAUGUUGUUGUAAAGAUUACGUCUUGUACAUCUCAGGUUUUAAUAGGAAGCCCUUUGUUCUAUUCAUCUUAUCAUGACCUUAACUUGGCCAAAAAUACAACAGUCAAUGUUUAAUUUUAAAAUUAGAAAGUUUGAAACCUCAUUUUGUAAACAUAGUUUAUAGUAAAAACCCAGCAUACUCUAUUGAUUGAUGUGGAUGAAUAAAGAUAAGUAUAAAUACUCUAGGACCCAUGAGGGGGGGUUGGAUGGCUUAGUGGUUAGCACGUGCGCGCUGUAUCAUUAAGUCUGUCAUUGAGUUGACUGGCGUGGUUUCGAAUCCCCGGUUGUAUGUGACAAGGAUUAGGGUCGCCUGUCCAACCUCGUGGGUUUUCUCCGGGUCCUCCGGUUUCCUCCCACUGCUAAAGACCCCUACGCGCAAGCGAAUUAUUGAAAUAAAAUUAAACCAUAUGUUAGUCCCGAAAUGACCUUGUUUGUGUCGAGUGGACGUUAAACCCUAUUUCUCUCUCUCGCUCCCUAGAUAACCUGGCCCUGAGUUCACAAAUUAUUCUCCGACAUAAGUUAAGAAUUUACUCAAAAUUGUUUGCCUUUUUUUUAACUAAAAUGUAGCCCUUUAUAGAACUUUUGUUGUUUUAAUGUAUCAAUUUGCAAAUACAUCAAUAAGGAACUAUGUGCAAUGUUUUGUAUUUUAUGGAUCAAAAAUGUUUCUGAUAAACAGUGAUUGAAAGUUGAGUAAAUUCUUAACUUAAGUCUGAGAAUGCUAUGUGAACUCUCAGUCCAGAUCCUGAGUUUGAUCCCAGUAUUAGCUAAGAAACUUCCUCGCUUUUAGUUUCCCCUUGUUAGUGGUGCAGGACAGAGUGAGCAAUUGUAAUUUUUGUACCUUAGUGUGCACGUUAACAUGUUAUCAAACCUUUGGGAGUUUUUUUUUUCAUACCAUCAGAAUGACAGUGUUUGGUAUCUGGCAACCCAUCUUUUGUUACCCAGUCUGUAAGUUUUAUAGACCGAUAUUAGAAAAGAAGAAAUAUAAAAAUAAUAAGUGUCUCUGAAAAGGAAUCAAAUUUUACAUGUACAUGUAGUUCUAAACCACUCUUACACCAGAUAUAGUGGGUCAGAGGCAUUAAGUUUGUAAGAAUAUGUAAUUGUACAGCUAAAAAGGUAGACAAAAAAGCCAUUUUGUUACCCAAUCACAAUUGUGACAAAAGAUGGCCAAAUUAUAUAUCUAUAUGACUGGGGAAAACUAGAAACCAAUCAAAUUAUAUUUGAUAAUUACAUGUACUUCAUGGGUUGUAAGUUACAACUUGUAACCCUUGAUCAGUUUUUAAUGUCUCGCAAAUGCCCCCAUAAUAUUGGGGGGUUGGAUGGCCGAAUGGUUAGCACGUGCGUGCUGUAUCGUAAGGCCUGUCAUUGAGUCAACUGGCAUGGUUUCAAAUCCCCAGUUGUACGUGACAAGGAGUAGGGUCGCCUGUCCAACCUCGUGUGUUUUUUCCGGGUCCUCCAGUUUCCUCCCACUGCUAAAGACCCCUACGCGCAAGUGAAUUAUUGAAAUAAAAUUAAACCAUAUGUAAGUCCCGAAAUGACCUAGUUUGUGUCGAGUGGACGUUCAACCCCAUUUCUCUCUCUCUCUCGCCACCAUAAUCUAAAAUAGCAUAAAGAUCAGAUAGCCUUUGUUCUACUUGAUCACUUCAAAAAAUCUUGUUGACUGUCCAGAGGAUUUAGCUGCUUUGGGUGUAUGUUUCGUUGCCUGGCAACCUAUCUUUAUUUAAAGUAGCUAAGUCUCUAACUCAAUAUCAUCCAAAAUCUUCAACAUUGAAAACAGGAUUUAUUUGCCAAAUUAAAUCAACAUUCGUGUUGUGAUCUUUACCGGAAAAAGAUGGGCUUUUGAUAUCCAAUAUUUAAGACAAAAUAAACAUUUUACCAUUGGUACACGAAUCGUGUACCAUAAUGCGCUUCAGCCCCAGUUGUAUCAAGAGACUCGAGGGACGAGGCUAGACACAUUGCACCAAAUCAAACGGCGUAUGUAGACUGGAAUAACCAGACGCUAGAAAUUUGCACUCGCUUGAGACUGCUGGCUUUUUUCGCCGAAUGUAACUGAUUUGAAAUUGGAGUAGAAACGGAAACCAUUGAAUGUAAGUCAGUUUAUAUACAUUCAUACUACAGUAUUAUAUGUGCUGCGACCUACUUUUGUCAAUUUCUAGGUCCCAAAUGUUAGCGAUUUAGCUCCUUUAAGAGAUAGAUUGUUUACUGCAUUUAAUAUCAAAUUAUCUAAAGUAGAAUCAAAUCCUAAUCAUUUAAAACAUAAAUGUAGAGUUUGCAAAUCAUGUUGCCAGGUAACUUAAUUGAUUAAAGGAGACAGAGUGAUUAAAAGAUUAUGUAAAGGAGCUUGCAGUGAAUAAAAGAUUUUAA